GAUUUGAUACCCUUGGCUAAAUUCUCAGUAUCGCAGGAUCAAGAGAAGUUUCUUGUUCCUUAUCUUUUAUCAGCUCAUUUAACAAUAAAAAUUCAAUUUUUCUAAAAAAAAAAAAUUGCACACAAUGCUGACGCGCUUUAUUCAUUGUUCCAGUAACUAUUUGUCUUCUGGUGUGAUGUAUCGGAUCCGUUUAUAUGAAGAAUUAAACAUUGAAUAAUUGCAAAAAAAAGUAAAUAUCAAAAUAAGUUUAUUACCCUCUAUUGUGCUUGUCAUUUAUAUCUAGGUGUGGAUUGUUUUCUAUUCAAAUGUCACAAAAUUAAAAAAAAAAUCGAGAAAGUGAGAUUUUUAGAGAAUUGAAAAAUGUCGGGAGGAGAAAGAAAAAAGCGAAGUGAUCGAGGACAUGGCUGGGAGGAAGCUGGAGCAGAAUUUUAUCAGGAAAGUUAUCCUGCUGCAAUGGAGGCAGAUUUGCAACAGGCUUUACAGAGAGAUCCUUCACAUAUAGCCACUUUGCUUCCUAGUAAAAAAUCUCGUGUCGCGACUACAAAAAGAGUUCGACACGAGCCACGAACAACUCUGAGAAGACGAACAAGCACCCGUUCACGUUGCGCAAGUACCGCGAGACGAAUGUCCACAAAUGUUCACGAUGCUCAAGUAUCAAUGCUUCCUGAUUUAUCAGAAAAUCUCUCCAACGAAGAACGCACAUGGGAAGAAAUAAUGCAAAUUAAAGCGAUGCCCGUUUGUAUGGCUCAGAAAAUGCAACUCAAAAAUCAAUUGCAGAGUGCAACAAAAUUGAGACUCCAGGGUUUCGAUCAAUUAAAAUGGCAACGAAGAAAAGUUUGGCAACAAUUUCGCAGUCGUGUAAAGGAGACUUAUGCGAAAAUUUCCCUCUGGAACAGCAGUUUAAAGAAGAUUGGCGGUAAUUUUGGUAUGGGUAUUGUUGCCUAUUUUCUCUUCAUCAAAUGGCUCCUUUUUCUCAAUUUAUCAUUGUUUCUCAUAAUUUUCGUAUUUUUAAUAUUACCGACAAUAGUUCUAGAACCACCGAUUCAGGAAAUAUGCAACAUGACAAAUGGUACGAACACCAGUGUUAUUGAAUGUUGCAGUGAACAAUAUACAAAUGGUUCGAAGGAAUUAGACGUAAUUGCCGAUUUUAUGCAGGGAAAUAAUUUUCUCGAAUAUACUCUACUAUUCUAUGGUUAUUACUCUCAUAAUUCAUAUGGAAAUUCGGCUUUUUUCUACGAUCUACCAUUGGCCUAUGUUGGCGUGAUGAUGGCAAUAUUUUCUGUCAGUUUAAUAGCAAUUGUUCGAUCGUCGGCGAGGGAAUUUCGUGAGAGAGUCGUCGAGGGUGAGGGACAAUUUUAUCAGUAUUGUAAUUUGAUAUUUGGCGGUUGGGAUUAUUGUAUAAAUAAUGAGAAGGCUGGUGAAAUUAAGCACAAGGCGUUGUUUAAUGAGAUGAAAGUUCUCCUUGAAUCGGAACGAUUGGAGGAGGAGAGGCAAAAUCGAACGAAAGAGGAGAAAGUAAAAUUAUAUUUUAUUCGUCUUUUUGUCAAUGCAAUUGUUCUUAUGGUGCUUGCUUGUUGUGGAAUUUUUAUUUAUUGGGUUAUUGAUUUUUCAUUUCGUCAAGUAAGCACAAAAAUUGCUCACGACUAUAGUGUGACAUUUUCAUUUAAUACACUUGGUCAGAUUUUAUUUGAAUUCUUGCCCUAUAUUUGUAUUGUUGGAUUAAAUAUUAUCGUGCCAUUUAUAUUUCGUUAUCUUGUGACACUUGAAAAUUAUAGUCCAUUGUUUGUCGUUCGUGUCACUUUGUUUCGUACAAUUUUUCUUCGACUUGCAUCGCUGGCUGUUUUACUCACAAAUUUCUACAUGAAAAUUGUCGGCGAAGUUGGUGAAAAUGAAUGCACAAAUGAAACAACAAAUCGACCGUUGUGUUGGGAAACUUUUGUUGGUCAACAAUUUUUGAAACUCUAUCUCACUGAUUUUAUCACUCAAAUUGUUUUGACGAUAUUCAUUAAUUUCCCACGUUCCCUAUUGGCACGACAUUCGGAAAAUAAAAUACUCCGCUUCAUUGGCGAGCAACAAUUUGAUUUACCAAAACAAGUAUUGGAUGUUGUUUAUUCGCAGACAAUUUGUUGGUUGGGAGCAUUUUUUGUACCACUCUUGCCAUUGGUGGCGACAAUUGGAUCAUUUCUUAUUUUCUACAUUAAGAAAUUCGCUUGUCUUGUUAAUAGUACACCGUCGAGUCAAGUCUACAGGACAAGUCGAUCAAAAUCUUUAUUUAUGUUUGUUCUAUUGAUAACUUAUAUUUUGGCUAUUAUUCCAAUUGGUUAUUAUGUGGUGAAAUUAACUCCAUCCAAGGCUUGUGGUCCAUUUAAGGAAUUAAAGAAUGUUUGGUCACUGAUGGUGGUGACAUUCACAAGAUUUCCCGAAUGGCUACAAUCGUUUUUCUCAUUUCUUGGCACUGCCGGUUUUGGUGUGCCGGCAUUUGUCCUCUUGGCUCUACUUGUUUAUUAUUAUUUCGCCGUUGCCACUGCGAAUAAACAUAUGGUGACUGUUUUGAAAAAUCAGUUGGUCCUCGAGGGUCAUGAUAAACAAUUUCUGUUGAAUAGACUCAGCGCUUUUAUAAAACAACAACAGGAGCAAUCGAAGUAUCAUCAGGGCUCUGAUUUAGGUACUUUUACGUAAUUUUCCAAAAACAGAACAAAAAAAAAGAACAAAAUAUUUAAUGUUAUUUCGAUAACAACUUUUCGUAUUUUGUUGUAUUUAUCUUAAAAUAUUAAUAUUAAAUAUUAAUUAAUAUUAAUUUCUAUAAAGUAUAAAUUUGAUCUUAAUAUUGAAUUUAAAAUUAAUUUUAAUUUUAAUUUUAAUUUUAAGAUUGAAAUUCAAAUGAAAUGAAACUACAAUCAACUUUCAGAAAUUCUUUUUUACCGGGUCUCUUAUCUUAAUUAGUAAAUGAAUUACAAUACUCGUUAUAUUUGUUAUUUUUAAAAAGAUAACCGUAUUGUUUUAUUUUUUUUAGAAAAACGAUAAAAAUUACGAAUUGUUGUUAUCGGUAUUCUGUUAUUUCCAUGAACAGGGUAUAAUGAUUCAGCGAUAAUUUCUUUCUUAAGACUCUAGUCACUUGUAAGUUCUUCUAGAAAUUUAUAGUCUGAUUUGAUAUAAAUAUAUACGUGUAGAAUUUAUUUACAAUUUUUAUACAAAGUUUUAAUAGCUAUUUAAUCGACACUUUUUUACAUUCUGAUCUCCAAGGAAGUCUUUCAGAAAAUCUAAUGGGAAUUUUUUAAAAACUUUUAUACAAUUACAUUCUUUUAAAUAAUAAUAAUAAUUUCAUUUAUUAUUCGAAUUAUUAUUAUUAUUUCCCUUUUUAUAAAAUAUUGAAAAAAUUAGAUUUUUUUACGUGAAAAAUUCGAAAAAAAAGUUUUUUAAAGAACAAAACUUAUCUAAAGCUGAAAUGGAUCUCCUGAAUUUUAGGAGUGUUAUAUACGCUCAAUAUAGCCAAAUCCUUUUUUCCAAAGUACAAUAUUGGAAA